CGUGGGAGAGAAGGGAGGGUUGGGGGAAGUGUGGAAAACCAGAACUCAAGCGGCUGCCGCCUGAGGCAGAUUUAGUGGGAAGAGAAGUAGAGGGGAGGAAAAGAGUGGAGGGGUGAGGUGAGGAGGGUAUCUGGGUGGCUGCUCCAGGGCGGCAUAAAGUUCUUCGCGAUGUGGCUGAAGCCCGAGGAAGUGCUCCUGAAAAAUGCGCUGAAGCUGUGGAUGAUGGAAAGGUCCAAUGACUACUUCGUGCUGCAGCGGCGUCGGGGCUACGGGGAGGAAGGCGGCGGGGGACUCACAGGACUUUUGGUUGGGACUCUUGAUUCAGUCUUAGACUCUACUGCAAAAGUAGCUCCAUUUCGCAUUCUACAUCAGACACCAGAUUCUCAAGUUUACCUGUCAAUUGCAUGUGGAGCCGACAGAGAAGAAAUAACCAAACAUUGGGAGUGGUUAGAAGAAAAUAUCAUGAAGACCUUAUCUGUGUUCGAUUCAAAUGAAGAUAUUACUAAUUUUGUACAAGGAAAGAUAAGAGGAUUAAUUGCUGAAGAGGGAAAACAUUCUUUUGCAAAAGAAGACGAUCCUGAAAAAUUUCGAGAAGCCCUUUUGAAAUUUGAAAAAUGUUUUGGUUUGCCAGAGCAGGAAAAGUUAGUUACCUAUUACUCGUGCAGUUAUUGGAAAGGAAGAGUUCCUUGUCAAGGUUGGCUAUAUCUUAGCACCAAUUUUCUGAGCUUCUAUUCUUUUUUGUUAGGAUCAGAAAUAAAACUCAUUAUCUCCUGGGAUGCAGUCUCAAAACUUGAAAAGACUUCAAAUGUCAUACUGACAGAGAGUAUUCAUGUGUGUUCCCAAGGGGAGAAUCACUACUUUUCGAUGUUUUUGCAUAUUAACCAAACAUACCUUCUUAUGGAACAACUGGCAAACUAUGCUAUAAAAAGAAUUUUUGAUAAAGAAACAUUUGAUAAUGACCCAGUCCUUGAUGAUCCUCUACAAAUCACUAAAAGAGGUCUGGAAAACCGAGCCCACAGUGAGCAAUUUAAUGCUUUUUUUAGGCUGCCCAAAGAAGAGACUUUGAAAGAAGUACAUGAAUGUUUCUUAUGGGUACCAUUCAGCCACUUCAACACUCAUGGAAAAAUGUGCCUAUCGGAAAACUAUAUCUGCUUUGCUAGCCACGAUGGCAACCUGUGUAGUGUAAUCAUUCCAUUACGAGAGGUCUUAGCUAUAGAUAAGACAAAUGAUUCCAGCAAAUCUGUCAUCAUUAGCGUCAAAGGAAAAACAGCUUUUCGCUUCAGUGAAGUAAAAGAAUUUGAGCAAUUGGUGGCAAAACUCAGGCUCAAGUGUGGGGCAACUUCAACUCAAUAUCACGAUAUUAGCACAGAGGUUCCUAUUAGUUCUGAUUCUAUAGACCCAUCUGAUGAUACCGACGUACAGUCUUUGACAUGUCAGAGAGAAUGCAGCAACACUGUGAACACUGAAGCUUUAAUGACAGUAUUUCACCCUCAGAAUUUGGAGACUCUUGAUUCCAAAAUGUUGAAAGAAAAGAUGAAGGAACAGUCCUGGAACAUUCUAUUUUCAGAAUGUGGACGUGGUGUUAGCAUGUUUCGGACCAAAAAGACUCGAGAUCUGGUUGUAAGAGGGAUUCCAGAGACCUUAAGAGGAGAGCUCUGGAUGCUUUUUUCAGGUGCUGUUAAUGACAUGGCUGCUAAUCCUGGCUAUUAUGCUGAAGUGGUUGAGCAGUCCUUAGGGACCUACAACUUGGCUACUGAAGAAAUUGAACGUGAUUUGCGUCGCUCCCUGCCUGAGCAUCCAGCUUUUCAGAGUGACACUGGUAUAUCUGCUCUGAGGCGGGUACUUACUGCUUAUGCAUUCAGAAAUCCCAAAAUUGGAUACUGCCAGGCAAUGAAUAUUUUGACUUCAGUGUUGCUUCUGUAUGCAAAAGAGGAAGAGGCUUUUUGGCUUCUGGUUGCUGUAUGUGAACGAAUGUUACCUGAUUAUUUUAAUCGUCGAAUCAUUGGUGCCUUGGUGGAUCAGGCAGUCUUUGAAGAACUUAUCAGAGAUCACCUUCCCCAGCUGACUGAACAUAUGACUGAUAUGACAUUCUUUUCCUCAAUUUCUCUCUCAUGGUUCCUCACACUUUUUAUUAGUGUGCUACCUAUUGAAAGUGCAGUGAAUGUGGUGGACUGUUUCUUCUAUGAUGGAAUAAAGGCCAUUUUACAACUGGGAUUGGCAAUACUUGACUAUAACUUAGACAAACUGCUGGCAUGUAAAGAUGAUGCUGAAGCCGUGACAGCUUUGAAUAGGUUCUUCAACAAUGUCACUAAUAAGGAUAGCCCACUGCCGUCAAGUGUGCAGCAGGGUUCAAAUGUAAGUGAUGAAAAAAGCAGUCAUAUUAGAGUGGAUAUUACAGAUUUGAUUAGAGAAUCUAAUGAGAAAUAUGGUAAUAUUUGCUAUGAAAAUAUACACAGCAUGCGCUGUCGAAACAGGUUGUAUGUGAUACAGACCCUAGAGGAAACGACAAAGCAGAAUGUGUUGCGUGUUGUAUCACAAGACGUGAAGUUGAGCCUGCAUGAACUGGAUGAACUUUAUGUCAUCUUUAAGAAAGAGUUAUUUUUUUCUUAUUAUUGGUGUUUGAGUUCUCCAGUAUUGAAGCACCAUGAUCCCAGUCUGCCAUAUUUGGAGCAGUAUCAGAUUGACUGCCAGCAGUUCAGAGUGUUGUAUCACUUGUUGAGUCCCUGGGCUCAUUCUGCAAAUAGAGAUUCACUAGCUUUAUGGACAUUCAGAUUGUUGGAUGAAAACUCCGACUGCCUUAUCAACUUCAAAGAAUUCUCCUCUGCAAUUGAUAUAAUGUACAAUGGAAGUUUUACUGAGAAGCUUAAGCUGCUUUUUAAGCUGCAUAUUUCUCCAGCUUAUACUGAAGUGCAGUAUAAAGACCCUUCAAAGGGAGAUGAACUUUCCAAGGAAGAAUUGCUGUACUUCAGUCAACUCCAUGUUUCCAAGCCUGCAAAGGAGAAGGAAGCAAAGUCAGCAAAAAACAGCCCUGAAAAAGAAAAAGAAAAAGUCAAUAUUCAAGCAUAUCUAAGUCAAUGGCAAGAUGAGCUUCUAAAAAAAGAAGAAAACAUUAAAGAUUUACCAAGAAUGAAUCAGUCACAAUUUAUCCAGUUUUCAAAGACACUAUAUAACUUAUUUCAUGGGGACCCUGAAGAAGAGUCAUUAUAUCAAGCCAUUGCUGUUGUAACCAGCCUUUUGCUCAGGAUGGAAGAGGUUGGAAGGAAACUCCAUAGCCCUACAUCUGCAAUGAAAGGACUGUCUGGUGCAGUCUGUGUUUCUGGAGUACCCAGUGAGGGGCAGGCAGAGAAACCCCUGGAAAAAGAACCCUCCUCGCCCAGGGAAGAACCUCAGUGGUCAUUUGCGUUUGAACAGAUUCUUGCCUCUUUGUUGAAUGAACCAGCAUUGGUGAAGUUUUUUGAGAAAUCCAUAGAUCUAAAAGCCAAACUAGAAAAUGCGAAAACCUCUCAGUUAAGUUCUAGAACCAAGAAGUAAAGCUCUUAACAGGCAUUUAACCAAGAUUUCUUAUAACCGUCAGCUUGAUUCCUGGAAAUAGGGAUCAGGGAUUUAUCUUGUCACCAAUGUAUUUUAAGGUUAAAAAGAAGAUAUUGUAAGCACAAUGAUUUAUUCCUUUGGGGUAAUAUCUAAUUUUGAUAUUCUAUAAUUCGAAUAUACUUUUUAUAUUUCCCAAGACAUGCAGUAUCGGGGGGAGUAUGCUAAAUGUCACCACCAGAGGGCACCACCAUAUCACUUUUAGUAAGGAAAUAACUAGUUUGUGCUGCUAUUUACAUAUGAAUGAGUAAUGAUUUUUGAAAAUGUGGUGUUAUGUUUGAGUAUUAGUGAUGCUGACAUGCCAUAACGAUAAAUCUUACUUUCCAAAUUGCCUCAGUCCUAUUACAGUGCUUUAGAAAAUCAGACUCUUAGAUCUGUAGCCUUAAUUAUCUAUAAGAUUACCAUAUGGGAACCUCAUUUUCAAGUUAUCUAAUGAAAUAAUAUUAACUUCUUAAAGUUAAUCUCAUUCAGUCUUCUAGUAUUACGUGUUUUUUUUUUUAAGUAAAUUCUACCUUCUCCUUAACCUGAGCAGUUCAGAAGCUACUGGCACACUUCCAGCUCUGUUACUGACAAAAAUAAAAAACUCAAAUACUGGGCUGAUAUGAGGAAAAACUAUAUUGGAUUUGGAUUUGAGCUGGUUAAAAUGAGCCAAUUCAGAAGGGUAAAUAUACAGUUAACUGUGUACAGGUCUCUCAUUGGACUGAGAAGUUACUUGAAAUUCCAAGCAUUGCUCUUUGUGGUAUUUUUCUCAGAGUAGUUUGGUUCUAAUUUUAGAUUUUGGAUUUUCACCAGUCAUAUUUUAAGUUAUAGUAUAUAGCUUGAAUUAUUGUAUUAGUCUGACGAGUUCAUAAAGUAUACAGGCAUACCUUGAUUUAUUGCACUUUGCUUGACUGUGCUCCACAGAUACUACAGUUUUUUGUCUUCUUCUUUUUUUUUUUUUUUCUGCCACUACAUGAUUUGUGACUGGUGGGCUUGUGGGAUCCAGGCUUACAGGAUGGUAGUUCCCCACAGGGAUUGAACCCAGGCCCUUGGCAGUAAAAGUGCAGAGUCCUAACCACUGGAUCACCAGAAAGUUCCCACAGAUACUAUAUUGGAAAUGAAGGCUUGUGGCAACACUGCAUUGAGCAAGUCUAAUCAGUGCCAUUUUUCCAACAGCAUUUGCUCAGUGUCUCUGUCACGUUUUGGUGAUUCUCACAAUAUUUGGAACUUUUUCAUUAUUAUUAUGUUUGUCAUGGUGAUCCGUGAUCAGUGAUCUUUAAUGUUACUAAUGCAACUCACUGAAGGCUCAUAUGAUGGCUAGCAUUUUUUAGUGGUAAAAUAGUUUUAAUUAAAGUUUGUUCCUUUUUUACACGUAAUGCUAUUAUUGUACACUUAAUAGACUACACUAUAGUGUAAACAUAACUCUUGUAUGCCCUGGGAAACCAAAAAAUUCAUGUGACUCGCUUUAUUGCAAUAUUUGCUUCUAUCCCAGUGAUCUGGAACCAAACCUGCAACAUCCAAGGUAUGCCUGUACUUGUGCAUAAGGAUUGUUAAGAUAAUGUAUAGAAUUUUGGCAUCUAUCUAAAAAGCUGUAAUUUAUCUGAUUUAAAUGUGUAAUUUCUAUAUACUUUAUGCUGCUUAUAUUUCAGUCAUUACAGUGAAAGUUCAUUUAGAGAUAAUGGGCUUUGUUAGCACUUUAAAGAGAAAAAAAAAACAUAGCUGUCUGAUAUUCUGUGCUGUUUCUGAUAAAAACAAUUUAUAAAUCAGUUGAUUUGGAAAACUCAGAAGAAGGCAUCCAUUGGAACUUCUUUCUUCACAAAAGACUUUGGUUUUAAACCUUUUGACUUUUCGGAUUUGAAAUCAUGAGAAGGCAGACAUCCUUUAAGAAUGACCCAAGAAGUCUCCCUUUGUGGAAAAGAAUUGGUAUAAUCAGCUUUUGGCAAGAAUCCACUGUGAACAAGGCUUAACCCAGAGGGUUUCAUCACCACAAAAUGUGUUAUUUUCAGAGGGAUUCAAGAAUUUUCAAGUUGACCCCUUGAAAAUUUUUGUAAAUUGGACUUGGCCAAACACUUACUAGUAAUGUCUUUAAAAUGAUUUUGUCAGCUUUGUCUUUUCAAGGAAAUUACCACUUAAAGAGAUAAUUGCUAAAUAAACAUCUGUGCCUUUUCUCAGAAAUGAUUUGCCUGAAAUGUGUCCAAAUUUUAGAGUUCAGUUAAUAGUUUGUAUGUGAACUAUCACACAUCUGCUUUUAAGCAAUGAUUGUUAUACUGUAGUAGCUCUAUAAGACACAAGGCUCUAUGCUUAUAUUCAAAUGCACUGUUGCACAUUGUUCAAUAUUUUGUCAGUCGUAUUUACAAAAAAAGAUACUUUCUUAAGAGCAUAUGUUAUUGAUAUUUGAUAUGAUUUUAAAAUCAGAAUAUUGAAGAUUACUUAGUAUUGUAUUUUAGCCUAGAUUAGUUAAAAUUGAGCACCUAAAGAGAUUUUUGAGUUGCAAAAAGAUUAUAAAUGCAAGUUAAAAAGACAAACAUUUAUUUUCUGAGUCUGCAGGAGAAAUAAACUGAACACAUAGUUUUGUAGUCACUA